AUGCAAAACACUUCAUUGAAAAGACUUUUCACUUCUUUCAUUCUGGUUUCGAGUGUUCUCGCACUCCCUUACUCUAACGAUCUCCAAAAGGAUGAUUCAGAAGAAUCAGAACAGUAUCAAUCGCCUGAGGCUGAGAUAGACGCCAGAUGCUACAAGGAUUACACUUUGAAGGAUGCUGGUGACUUGUGGGCGGUUGCAGACUGUGCCACUGUCGGCGGCUCUUUGUUUCUCAAGAAUUAUCAGGACAAUUUUGUAGACUUUGGAGCCAUAAAGGCUAUUACAGGGUCCAUCUGGGUUGAGAAUUCCAGCCAAUUGAUGUCAAUUAGAGGUGAUAAUCUUGCAAAUGUGGAUGGGUCAAUCUAUUUCAGCAGACUAACGUCGUUGAAGUCCAUCAGUUUGCCAAAGUUAGACUCAGUUGACAACAUUGAGCUCAAAGUCCUGCCCUUGUUGAGUGAAUUGAACUUUCCAACGAAGAUGAAAAGACUAUCUUCGCUGGUAAUCUCUGAUACGUCUCUGGUUGAGUUGACCGGAUUUGUUAUUGACAAGCUCAGGAUUCUUAACCUGAACAACAACCGUUUCAUGGAGAAAAUCACAUCUCCGGUAAAAGAGAUUACAGAGCAGCUUUUGAUCUCUGCAAACUCAAAGGAUACAAAAGUGUCGUUGUCUUCCCUGGCAUGGGCCAACAACGUUACUAUGCGUGAUAUCGGAACCAUUGACCUGGGCAACCUCCAAGUGGUGGAGUCUUCCGCUGAGUUUAUUGAAAACACUUUCACCUCUUUGAAACUGCCCAAGUUGAAGAAUACAGGAGGAACUCUGAGUAUCAUCGAGAACGUUAACCUGAAAGAGGUCGAGUUCCCAUCCAUGACGGACGUUGCAGGUGGACUCAUGAUCGAAGACAACCCACAGAUCACUAGACUGAACUUUUUCCCAAGCCUUUCGUCUAUCGGGGGUGCCAUCAAAUUCUCGGGCAACUUUGUCGAGACUAACCUUGACAAACUCAAGGUCGUCAAGGGAAGCGCUUCGUUGGAAACAGCCAGCGACUUUGACUGUUCCCAGUGGAUCAGCAAUGGGGUUGGACAGGUAGUUAGAGGGGGAAAGAUUGAAUGUAGUUCAGGACAGGGAGAAGCACAGACCACUUUGGUCAGCGACAAAGACGGCGUUCUGACCAGAACUAACAACUCGAAGUCUGUCAGAGGCAGAGAGAUGAAUGUGGCUUCCAGCUCGCUUUCGGGACUAAGUCUAGAGUUGGUGGCCCUUGCAAUUACAGCAUGUCUUCUUAGGAACUUCUAA